AUGCAGGAGGCCCUAUAUAAUCAGCCGAUUGUCCUAGAUAAUGGAUCGGGAAUCAUAAAGGCUGGUUUCAGUGGCGAAGAGAAACCAAAGUGUUUUGAAUAUUCGUUGAUUGGAACUGUUAAAUACAAUAAGGUGAUGGCAGGUGGGUUGGAAGGUGAUACAUUUAUUGGAAACCAAGCUCAAGAGCUGAGGGGAUUGUUAAAGUUACGUCACCCUGUGGAACAUGGAAUUGUGAAGAAUUGGUCAGAUAUGGAGCAUAUAUGGAGCUACGUCUUUAAUAAGAGUUUGCAACUGCAGAAUGUAGAGGAUCAUCCAAUUCUCAUUACUGAAGCACCUUUGAAUCCCAGAAAUAAUCGAGAACGGAUGUGCGAGUUAUUAUUUGAGUCAUUCAAUGUUCCAGCAUUAUAUGUUUCUAUCCAAGCGGUUCUUUCAUUAUAUGCUAGUGGCAGAACUACUGGUUGUGUAGUAGAUUGUGGGGAUGGUUGCUGUCAUGCUGUUCCAGUUUUUGACGGGUUUUCCAUACCUUCUUCAAUUAGACGAAUUGAUAUUGCAGGUCGUGAUAUUACUGAAUUUUUACAGCUACUACUUAGGAAAACAACAGGCGUUUCAUUACUUUCCAGUAGUGAGAGAGAAGUUGUUAGGAUCAUCAAAGAAAAGGCAUGCUAUGUGGCUAAGGAUCCACAUAUCGAGGAGCAAAAUUUCUCAAUUAACCCAAACUACACGAAGUUUAAGUUACCUGAUGGUAAGACGAUAGAUUUGGGCCAGGAAAAAUUCAGGGCCCCUGAAAUUUUAUUCCAGCCAGAACUAAUUGGAUCUGAGUUUGAAAGCUUACCAGAUAUGUGCUAUCAAAGUAUUGAAAAAGUGGAUCUUGAUUUGCGAAGCUUAUUAUUUUCUAACGUUUUAUUGAGCGGGGGUACUUCAAUUCUCCCAGGGUUUGGUGACCGAUUAUUAAGCGAAUUGAAAUCUUUGUCAGACUCCCAAACUAAAAUCAAGAUCUUUGCACCACCAGAACGAAAGUAUAGCACUUGGAUUGGCGGUUCAAUCUUGUCAGGUCUAUCAACGUUUAAAAAGCUAUGGGUUACUAGAGCUGAGUGGGAAGAAGCUGCAGAUUGCAUUCACUCGAGAUUUAUGUGA